GAAUCCAAACAGAGCCUUACACGAUGGGUGCUGACGGGGUAUCCCAGCGGGUCAACAGCCCGCGUUUUUCGGGCCCAAUGACCCGCCGGGCCCACUCCUUCAAGCGGAACAACAACGCCACCUCCACCGGCGCCAACUCCGGCGGUGGCUCCAUCGGUGGCGGCGGAGGUUCUCUUGGCUCGCUCAAUGAACUUGAGCUGCAAAUCAAUUCUCCGAGAUCGGAGAUGGGGACUACUGGCUUGCUCUCAUCGGAAGGGUUGUUGGAAACCGUGCCGGAGAGGAAGCACGUGCACCACCACCACCUCCAUCACGUGACGCACAGGGGUGGCGGCGGCGGCGGCGUGAAGGGUCUGCUGAAGAAGCCCAUUGAGUCCAUUGUUGUGGAGUUGGGUCUGAGGGAGAAGAAGAAGCUUGGGCACUGGAUGUUCUUGAUGUUCUGUGGUGUGUGCUUGUUCCUCGGUGUUCUCAAGAUGUGUGCCACUGGCUGGCUUGGAUCUGCCAUUGAAAGAGCUGAAUCGGACGCUAACAAGGAACUAUCUGGCUCCGUUUCUAGAUUAAUAAUGGACCGAAGCUCCAUUGAUUAUGGUUAUAGGGAUGGAGAAGGUGAUGCUGAACGAACUCUAAAGAUGGUAGACACAGGAGUAAUUGGUAGGGAGAUUGCCAUGGCCGAAGAGUCAGGCAUCUGGUCUAAACCCAACAGUGACAAUUUCACUCAAUGCAUAGAACUGCCAAGAAAUCAUAAGAGGCUAGAUGCAAAGACCAACGGCUAUAUCCUCAUAAACGCUAAUGGUGGCUUGAACCAGAUGAGAUUUGGGAUAUGUGAUAUGGUUGCUGUUGCCAAGAUUAUGAAGGCGACACUUGUUCUUCCUUCUCUUGAUCACACCUCUUACUGGGCUGACGAGAGUGAUUUCAAGGAUUUGUUUGACUGGAGGCAUUUUAUUAAUACACUGAAGGAUGAUAUCCACAUAGUCGAGAGAUUACCAGAUGUGUACGCCGGAAUUGAGCCUUUCUCAAAAACUCCAAUAUCUUGGUCUAAGGUCAACUAUUACAAAACUGAAGUUCUUCCCCUCCUAAAACAACACAAAGUGAUGUAUUUCACUCAUACUGAUUCCCGGCUAGCUAACAACAACAUUUCAAGUUCCAUACAAAAGCUAAGAUGCCGUGUAAAUUACAGAGCAUUAAAAUACUCCGCUCCAAUUGAAGAAUUUGGUAACACAUUGGUAUCUAGAAUGCGACAGAAUGGAAAUCCUUAUCUGGCCCUUCAUCUGAGGUAUGAGAAGGACAUGCUUGCAUUUACUGGCUGCAGUCACAAUUUGACUGUAGAAGAAGAUGAGCAACUAAGACAAAUGCGGUAUGAAGUCAGUCACUGGAAGGAGAAAGAGAUUAAUGGGACCGAGAGGAGAUUGCUUGGAGGCUGCCCAUUAACUCCUAGGGAAACUUCCCUGUUACUUAGAGCACUUGGUUUUCCAUCACACACAAGGAUUUAUCUUGUUGCCGGAGAAGCAUACGGAAGAGGAAGUAUGAAAUAUCUUGAGGAUGAUUUCCCCAACAUCUUCUCUCAUUCCUCUUUGUCCUCUGAAGAAGAGCUGAGUCCUUUCAAGAAUCACCAGAACAUGUUGGCUGGUAUAGACUAUGUCGUUGCCCUUCAGAGCGAUGUGUUUCUUUACACCUACGAUGGAAAUAUGGCAAAGGCUGUACAAGGUCAUAGGCGCUUUGAAAACUUUAAGAAGACCAUCAAUCCAGACAAGAUUGAUUUUGUUAAACUUGUUGACCAAUUAGAUGAAGGAAAAAUUUCUUGGAAGAAGUUCAGCUCCAAGGUAAAAAAGCUUCAUGCAGACCGAAUCGGCGGUCCGUACGAAAGGCAGGCCGGAGAAUUUCCGAAGCUGGAGGAAAGUUUUUAUGCAAAUCCUCUGCCAGGAUGUAUAUGUGAAAAAUCAAGGUAGUAUUCAAGACUCCGUACUGGUGGUUGUGCUUCUUAUGAUGACAUCAGUACAGCAGCAAACAGAAGACAUUGUGGCUGUGCUGUGCUAUAUAUUUCUUAGUCUUGAGGAGAUUGGAAUAUGACUGUUGGAAAGCCGGAUUUUCUGUUAAGGUGCUAUAAAUUGCCCCUACCCUAUUGGAGAUAAGAUUUAUACAAGGGACCAAGGUGGGUUUUGAACCUGAACUACGCGAAUGUACUUAUAAAUUAAGGAUCAGGCACUGGCAGCCCUAAGUAUAGCACUCUCAAUACACUCAAUAGAAACUAAACAGUAUACCUUGUGAAAGAAACCUCAUCCCUAACCAUAGUUUUGAAUGAAAACUCUAGAUUGUAUUUUAUUCUACACUUGUACUGAAUAAGUUGUAUUUAUAAUUGCAUCAUAAGAGAGAAAA